AUGUCUCGACGUCUGAGUGAGGCUUUUAUGAGCUGUCUUCGCUGCCUGGGCAAUUCAACAACUUGCGGCUGCUUUGGCGACAACUCCAGUGAUGAAGAGCAGGGUGCCAUACCUCUCGCGGAAAUAAAUCCAGCACCUGCACAAUCUGCCCCAGUCGCUGCAGGAGCAGCUACAGCCGAGGGCUCACAUCAGCAGCCAGAGCCACAGACUCCAUUGCAGACAUCUCCUGCCCAGCGCCAAGCUGCUGCCGAGGCGGCACCUACUACAACACCUACUCAGCCGAUAGCAGGCCCUUCAGGAUCUCGUCCUGGGCCAAGUUCGCCGACUCGGAAUCUAGGUAUACUCGAAGCUGCGUUCGAGGCGACCCCUCGCCCUUUCGAGGAGGUCCUCGGCUCUUGUGACCCUGCUAAUAGACUACAACAAUGGCUGAAAGCACAUGACCCUAUUUUUGACGAUGAUCCUGCUCUCGCACAUCUCAAGUAUAACAAGUUCCAAAAUGUCGGAGCCCAACGGCGGCGAUGGAUGGAAGAUGCUAAUGAAACAGGUUGUCCUGUCCAGAUUUCUACGUUGACAUAUGACUAUCUCCAACAGAAUCAUUAUCGGUUUGGCGAACCCACGGCCCAAAAUAUUAACAGUUUACUUGAGGAUCAGGUAAAGGAACUUGGGCUUCCCGAUGAGUUCAGUUCUGAUGCGGGAUCUCAAUUUCAUAUUGAUCUUUCUAGUGAUUCCGAAUCCGAUCAGGAUACGAAAUCUUCUGUGUAUCUGCGGUUUCAAUGCGGUGAAAUGACCGAAGACUUCAAUUGGGUUGGCAGCACCGGUCCAGGGGUGAUCGUUAUUGAUGCUGCAUAUAGAGAGCCUUUGUCAGCCACUCCACGCACAGCAUAUGUGACUAAAGCUAUAUACGAAUAUAAGUUUUCUCUUCAGAGUUCAAAGCAUGUGUUUGUUACCCGUGUCCUGAAUGUUAACACAGGGCGCUUUGUCAGUGAACGCCUGUACACCGAAAACAACAAUCUCACUUGGCCGGCAGACGACGCAGAGAAAAAGGAUUUCCCCCCCUAUUGCAUGGGAAAAUGGCACGGCUGA